ACGAGACCGGGCGGAACCGAGCGGAGCCGAACCGCGCCGAGCCGAGCCGAACCGAGCCGAACCGAGCUGAGCAGCGCCCUGUGGGGGCCCGGCCCCGCCAUGCGGUGGGGCUGCGCGGCGCUGCGCCUAUCGCGGGCGCUGUGCCUGCUGCUAUCCGCGCCGCUCUGCCCGCAGGUGUCAGCCCGCAGCCCGCCGUGCCCCAGCGGUGCCUGCACUCAGUCCGGCGAGUGCUGCUCCUCCUGCCCUCCAGGCUUUGGGGCGGUCGUGCCCUGCAGCCUCACCGACACCCAGUGUGAGCCCUGCGCCCAGAAGAAGGACCAGCAUAUCCCAGAACAGACCGAAGGAAACCCCCCUAAAGAGAACAGCACAGGCCCCACCGCCUCAGCCACCUCCACCUCCACGUUCGUCCCUCCCCUCCCUGAAGACGUGGGGCAGAACAUCAUCCCCGUGUACUGCUCCCUCCUGGCUGCUGUGGUGGUGGGUCUCCUCGCCUACGUGGCUUUCAAGUGCUGGCACACGUGCAGGCAGAAGCAGCAGCUGGCCAAGGCACGAGCAGCAGAGCUGGGGACGGCGGCCGAGGGCGAGAAGCUGCACAGUGACAGCGGGGUCUUCCUGGAUACACACAGCCUGCAGGAGCCACACCAGAUCGGCAAGGCACCCCGUCUGGAAACCCGACCCUACAGCUCAGUCCCACAGCAGCAACGGGAGGAGGUGGAACGGCUGCUGGAGAGCGGAGGUCCCAGCGGGGACUGGCGUGGGCUGGCCGCCCGCCUGGGCUACGGGGAUGAGGCCAUCGGCACCUUCGCCCGCGGCCAGGCGCCCGCCCGCACCCUGCUCGCCACUUGGGCAGCCACAGAAGGGGCCACAGUGGAAGCCCUGUGCCUGGCCUUGGCUGCUAUGGGACGGCAGGACGUGGCCGAGUGCCUGGCGGGGCCGGGAGAUGCCAGCUCAAUGGUGUGAGCCCAUCCAGGGGGCUCCUGGUGGCCCUGUGGGGUGAGGAGGAGGAGGAGGCGGAUGGGACGCGGGGAUGUGUGGUGCCUUUGGAUGGGUGAGCCCUUGGCCACCAGCAGCUUUGUUCUGCCAUAUACUCUGUUGUUGUUGUUUUUUUUUUUUAAGUCGUUUUUGUACUUUAGGGGGGUGGGGGAAAUGUCCUUUUUGUACUUUGGGGUCCCAGCGUGGGUUCGGGAUGGUGCGUGCCUGUUGCCCGUGGUCUUUGCAUUAAACAGCCAACGUGCCUUUGUGUCACUGGUUUGUCACACCCGC